AAUAGAUGUUCGUGGCUUAGUUCUAUUAGACGUAGUCCAAUCGUCCAAUCACAAAGAAAAGUGGCGAAGUUUGAUUUUAUGGUGGUCUUGCACUUGAUCUUAGUGUCUUCAAAGUAGAAAGUUCUUUUGUGGACUUUUGUUUAGAUUACGUACUGGUUGAUGCAGAGGAAACGUUUUUGUUAGUGGAGCAUUUAGCAACGUAUGCGCCGCUUUUUUUUCCAGUAAUAAUAAAGGAGUUGUAGGAGACAAUGGAGGAUGAUAUCUAUGGUGAUCUCGAGGUAUCGUCCAGUUCAUCAUCAUCGUCUUCAUUGUCGACGUCGUCUUCAUCGACUUCAGCGUCGUCAAACAACAAGAAAAAGCAAGGCAAAAAAGAGUCUGAAAGCCAACCAGAGAGAAUUCACCUAACAUCUUUAGCUGGCAAUGAUGGAAGUGACCAUACCACGGUGCAAGAGAAGCUUGCCUCAAAAUCUUCCCCAAAAAAGAGUAGGCAAAAGGAUGAAGAUGAUGGCCUCGAUUCAAUGGACCUUAUGGACGAAGGACUCACAAAUAAGUUCAAGGAAACAGCCAAAAAUAAAAUGAGAAAUCCGGAUAGGAACAGGCCACCACCAACAAGGGUUAACCAUAUACAAGUAGAAAAGCUCAAACAUGAGAUCGGACUACUGAAAAAAGCGAACCACCAGUUGGAGAUAAACCUCGCUCUCCUGUACAAAUCGUCGCAUCACAUUAUUACCCUGAAGGACAAGGAGCUGAGCAAAUUAAAGAGCAAGUACGAUGCCUUGUGCUUUCGAAGGAAGCUAGCGCAGGAUUGUGCCAAGCCAUUGCCUUCGAUAGUUCCUCAAAUGCCGGGUAAUUAUGAGCCUCAUUCAGCUCCACAAGUGCCACGACAGCCAGAUCAUUCCCAGAAAGUAACCCCAUUUGUUUUUGUAGACAGUAGGCAGAGUAUGCGCGAGGAGCUUGAUACACUUCGAAAUUAUCUACCAAAGCAUUCCCAAAGAGCGGUUUCGGAAAGCUCCAGUAAGAGUCAGGAAUCCACAGGUCAAGGAAGCGAACGGAAAAAAUCAUCUGAGUUUGAAGAGUCUCGACUGUGUAAAGAAAACAAUGAAAGAUGCUACAAUAGUAAAAACGAUAAACGAAAAGAUAGCCAUAGACGAAGUACAUCACAUUCCGACAGGCCCCCACGGAGGGACAGCAGAGACCGACGUGAGCGCGAUAAACACCCUCAGAGGGAUAGUUAUGGAAAGAAUCAAAGGGAACAAAAAGCUGUGGUUAAUCGAAGAGAAGAAAGGCUAAGUCAAGAAAUAUCCUAUAGGAGAAAUGGUAAACAUGGCGAUACAGGAGAUUCGAAUCGAAAACGAAAAGUAGAGCAGGAGACAGAAAAUUCCAAAAGACAGCGGACGAACGAGCGAAAAACACGUGAGCGUAUAUGCAGGCUUGUUUCAACCAAAACUGAAAAAGAUGAAGCGAAAAUCAGUGAUGGUCGAUCGUUGUCUAGGUCGGAACGACACUUCAGGAGAACGGUGAGUCCCCAAAUGAAGAAUCGUCGCACUUCCCCAAAGACCGAGGCCCGUGCAAACGCAACCAAAGAAGAUGACUCUAAAAAACCAUCUGUUUACGAAGAAUCUUCAGUGGAGUUUCAUGUGAAAACGCGUGUUUCUCAAAACCAAAGUCCUGAAUACGAGCAGUUAAAAGAAGAUGGCGAAAUUUCUGAAUCAGAAAGCGAAAGUUUAUUGCAAAAAGUUCAAGAGUUAUGCAGAUCUCCAAGGAAGUCUGCGCGUACGACAAAUGCAUCCACCCGACGCCGUGCAACUUCGCUAGAAUCGAAAUCAAAAGCAGAGGAACGACGGGUAAGAAGCAGGUCCUUUCAAAGACAUUCUAGUCCUAGUACCAAGCUUUGCAACAAACAGAAAAGCCCUCAUAAGAACAAAGUUUCACAAGAAGUGGACUGUCACAAAUCUCGUGACGUGGGUAAUCUUAAUCUAUCUGCACAGAAGCCUUCCCGAGAACCUAAAACAAGAAAAGGUUCCUCCACUAUCCCCAGAGCUCCACUGGAAAAAAAAUCGCCAACCCAUAAACUUUCACGGUCCUCAGAAAACGAAAAAGGCGUUGCCGGUUGUACAACACCAACAGCUAGAAGAAGUCCACGAAAAUUAAUUCCAGACCAUAGUGAGGGAUUAGUCAUGAAGAACCCCAAUUUCUCGCAUAUUAGCCCCACCAGUAGUGAAUCUCCGAAGGCACAGUCAAUACUACGAGGCCAUCCAUGCAAAAUUCCGUCGAGAAUGACAGAUGAGACAGAAGACCCUCGUAACCCAAAAAAAGUAAAUGAAAUGCAACUUUUUUUGGCCAUUCCACGGUAUCUGGUUCAAGAGUCAGAGGAGACGAACUCACAAUAUAAUACCGAACAAGAGCUCUAUAAGAAUAACAGAGGAAGGCAAUUAGAGACUGAAAUUAUAGAACUAGUUAAUACACCACAGCGUCGUUCCCCACGUAAGAAGCCCCGGCCUUUGACCGGUUGUCCGGCUGAUGGAGCAGAUUCACCGGCAAGUGUUCAACUGCCCUGUGAUUUUAGUUUCCUUGACCAAGUGCCGCUUAGAACACGAACGAGUCUAAAUAGUGAUAACGAUAAGCCAUUGACCCCAACUCUCAGUCCGACGUCUUCUUCGGUAACGCCCACCGGAUCCAAUUCGCGACUCAUUGGGCAGCAGGUACUACUCCAUCGCGAAACUUUCGAAUGGCAUGAAGCACAUUUUACUCCUUUAGAUACAUCUACAGUACCAGAAACACCGGGAAAAGAGUAUGAUGGGACUCCGUUAAUGACAGCUGUAAAGAAUGGCAGAACAGCAGAUGACGUCGGAAGAACUCUCUACUUUGAUAAGGUCACGUAAGAGAGGCAAUGUCGCCUCAGUGUUGGAAAACAUUGCUUUUAGAAUAGGCCAAUCUUUAUUGCUGUUCUAAUGAAAUACAUAUUGCAGCCAACUACAUACACUAUAUAGAUAUAUAUAUAGCAACACACAGUUAUACAGCUAGAUGGAUUCACUUUGUGAAGAACGCAAACGUGAGCACAUUUUCUGUUUUUACGAGGAUGGGUAAUCAUCAGCUAGUUGUUGAAUGGUGAUUAGUGAUAGCUGCAUAAUCGCUAGCUGAAGAAUAUAGCGCGAGGUUAACGAAAACAAGGAAAAAGUUAUACGAGGCCACUCUUGAGACAGGCAGUUUUUUAAUCUUUGCAACUGCCGAAAGCUGUCUCGUUCAGGUCUUGAUUGUGUUUAACGAAACCAAAAGUACUGCUAAGCAAGGCCGUAUGAUAACUGUACAUUUUUUGUAGACUACAGCGGUUGGUCUCUAUUCAGUAAUUUAGUUCAUAGAUGAACACGUAAAAGAUAUAACAUAUACGCAGCAGUCUUGUGUAUUCAUUAACAUAAUGAACUAUUAUUAUAUAUUUAUGAACAUAUCAUUAUUGCAACCAGAAAGACCAAAGCUACGGUUUGGCUCGAAGAAGAAUUGGAAUGAGCACACCCUCAAUAAAUAGAUAAGGAGUGAAUGUAUAAUAAUUCAAA